AUGGCUCCCAACGACCAUCUGCAGUCGGAUGGCAAUACCAGAGAUGAUGGAGCAUCUGCGCCCACCUUCACGCUGGAUUUGCCUCCUCAACUACCACCGCUCGCCCCUUUCUCGUCAGAACCCUCCCAGGACCCGAACUCUCUUGUCCAUGUCCAGUCCGAGACCGCUCCCCACGAUAACACGAUAACCGACGCGACGGAUGUGAAGCCUGCUGCCGGUAACGAGAGCGUGGAACCGGUCGCUUCUCCCCCAGCCAGUGAACCGACUGCUGCUCCGACAGCCCAGGCUUCUACCGAGGAGUCGAACGAACCCAAAGCUCCCGAAGUCGCCCAAGAGUCAAAGUCGCCGGUUUCCGACACCUCGGCGAAGGAAGAUGAAGAUUCGGGUCCGUCGUUGUUGAUCACACUUCUGUUGAUAACUGGGGCACGGCAUCCGUUCAAGAUCGAUGGGAAAUAUCUUAAGAAACAGUCCGUCAAUGUGGAAAACAACGACCCCUUCGCCAUGAGCGUCUAUACCCUGAAAGAACUCAUCUGGAAGGGAUGGCGACCAGAAUGGGAACCGCGACCGGCAUCGCCCACCUCGAUCCGAUUGAUUUCGUUCGGCAAACUACUUGACGACAAAGCACCCCUGUCUGACUCCAAGUUCAACCACGACGCUCCCAAUGUUGUCCAUAUGACCGUCAAGCCUCCGGAGGUAAUCGAGGACGAAGACACCAAGGGGACUAAGGGACAAUACCCGCGCGACCGAGAGGGCAGCCAACGGAGCCCCGGUUGUCGUUGUGUCAUUAUGUAA